AUGAACACAGGCUUCGACAGAGGGAGCGUCUACAGCGUGCCCGUCUACGGCAGCGACUUCUCCGGCCGCACGGGCGCAUCAGACGCAACGACGACCGCACAGCAGAACACCCAGACCAUCGCAGACUUCCAGCAGUUCGUCACCGAGUUCAGGGAGAACGAGUCGUUCGUGUACCGCGACAGGCUGCGCGCCAACUGCCUCCGCAAGGAGUGGACGCUCGAGGUCGAGAUGGGUCACCUGAUUGGGUGGAGGGAGGACCUCGCGAGCAGGUGCAGGAACGAGCCGGGAGAGAUGGUCCCCCUCUUCGAGAUCGCGUUGCGCAAUGUCGCGCGGAAUCUCCUCUUCCCUACGGCGGCCGGCGCGGAGGAGCGGCAAGAGCGGCAGAAGGCGGUCCCCGAGAUCCAGUUGCAGUUGCGGAGCGGGAGCAGGCUGAUGCAGUUCCGUGAACUUGGCGCAACCAACAUCUCCCGCCUUGUCCGCCUCCCAGGAAUCGUCAUCUCCGCCUCGGUCCUCUCGUCCCGCGCGAUCCGUCUCCACCUCACCUGCAAGUCGUGCCGACACGUCACGACGAUGGACGUGCAAGGCGGCUUCUCUGGCUUCCAGCUCCCGCGCAAGUGUAUCGCACCCGCCCCGCCUGGCGAGACGAAGGAUUGCCCGCUCGAUCCCUACGUGAUCGUACACGACAAAUGCACGUUCGUCGACCAGCAGACGAUCAAGCUGCAAGAAGCGCCCGACAUGGUUCCUGUCGGAGAACUGCCCCGUCACUUGAUCCUGAGUGCAGACAGGUACUUGACGGGCAAGGUCGUCCCCGGUUCAAGGGUUAUCGCGACGGGUAUCUACUCGACCUUCCAGUCCGGCAAGAGCAGGCGCGAUACCCCAGUUGCCCUCCGCACGCCCUACCUCCGCAUCCUCGGCCUCGAAGUCGAUCGCGAAGGCGCAGGCGGCCAAGGCGUCCGGAACUUCACCGCCGAGGAGGAGGAAGAGUUCGAGAAGCUCGGCAAGCAGCCGGACAUUUAUGAGAAGUUUGCGAGGAGUAUCGCGCCGAGUAUCUUUGGGAAUGCUGACAUCAAGAAGGCGAUCGCAUGCCUGUUGUUCGGCGGCUCGAAGAAGGUCCUCCCCGACGGCAUGCGUCUCCGAGGCGACAUCAACGUCCUCCUGCUCGGCGACCCCGGAACCGCCAAAUCGCAGCUCCUCAAAUUCGUCGAAAAGGUCUCUCCAAUCGCAGUCUACACUUCGGGCAAGGGGUCCUCGGCGGCGGGUUUGACUGCGUCCGUGCAGCGUGACCCGCAGUCGAGGGAGUUCUAUCUGGAGGGAGGCGCGAUGGUCCUGGCGGAUGGAGGGGUUGUGUGUAUCGACGAGUUUGACAAGAUGAGGGACGAGGACAGGGUUGCGAUUCACGAGGCGAUGGAGCAGCAGACCAUCUCCAUCGCCAAAGCAGGCAUCACGACCAUCCUCAACUCGCGCACCUCGGUUCUCGCCGCCGCCAACCCCGUCUUUGGACGGUACGACGACAUGAAGACUCCGGCCGACAACAUCGACUUUGCGACGACCAUCUUGUCCCGUUUCGAUAUGAUCUUCCUUGUCAAGGACGAGCAUAACGAGGCGCGCGAUGCGACUAUCGCCAAGCACGUCAUGAACAUUCACAUGAACCGCGCGACGGACCAGGGGGUUGUCGGCGAGAUCGACAUCGAGACGAUGAAGCGCUACGUCUCGUACUGCAAGGCCCGCCGUGCACCGAGGCUCUCGUCCGAUGCGGCGCAGAAGCUCAGCAGCCACUUUGUCGCGCUGAGGAAGCAGGUCCAGCAGCUUGAGAGGGACAACAACGAGCGCUCAUCGAUUCCCAUCACCGUUCGUCAACUGGAGGCCAUCAUCCGCAUCUCCGAAUCGCUCGCCAAGAUUGAGCUCAAGACGGAAGUGCUCGACUCGCACGUCGACGAGGCGAUCCGGCUCUUCAAGUUCUCGACCAUGGACGCCGUGCGAGCCGGCAACGUCGAUGGACUCUCGAAGAGCGAGCUGAUGGAGGAGGUGAAUGCGAUCGAGGACGAAUUGCGGAAGAAGAACCGCCUCGGAGUCGGCCGGACACUCCCUUACUCGUCCCUCCGCGACUACUUCACUCGCAACCGCGGCUUCACUCAACACGCCUUCGACCGCUGCCUCAUGAUCCUCGAGCGGAGCGACGUCCUCCAGUUCCUCCAGCAACGCCGCCUCGUUCGCAGGAUCGCCAUCUAG